GUCAAAGUCAAAAACAAUGUCAACAUUUCAAAAUGCCAGGUGCAGUGUGUGAAAUUAUUGAUGAUAUUGAAGAUUUAAUAUCUUCUCAAGACAUAACUCCUAAAGAGAGAUAUGCAAGCAGAAAAAGUGUAAAUGUAAGAUCCAAAAAACGACUAGCAGAAAAGAAUGAAGAGCCAAUUGAAAAGAUAGUGCUAGAGAGUGUUGUACCAGGAACUCAAAAGAUUUAUGUAAAGACAUGGGGAUGUGCACACAACAACUCGGACUCGGAGUACAUGGCGGGCUUGCUGGCGGCAAACGGGUACCCGCUGACGGAGGACAAGUGGGACGCGCAACUCUGGCUGCUCAACUCUUGCACCGUCAAGAGCCCGGCUGAGGACCAUUUCAAAAAUGAAAUAGAAUCGGGUAAAAGCCGUGGCAUCCAUGUGGUAGUGGCUGGGUGCGUGCCGCAAGGUGCUCCACGCGCCCCUUACCUGCAGGGGCUCAUGAUUGGCACACAUUUUUUGAACAUCACUGACCGUCUCUCAGGAAGGGGGAAACCGUGUAUAUGUGCACCUACAACAAACAAACAGAAUGAAUUUGCCUGCAGGUUCCUGCACGUGCCGGUGCAGUCCGGCAGUGACCAGGUGCUGGCAGACAUGAAGAGAGAGUACAGUCGGGCUGACUUUGAACAAGUUGUUGACUAUCUUAGACACCAUGUGCCGGGCAUGACAAUAGCUACAGACAUCAUCUGUGGCUUCCCCACGGAGACGGAGAAGGACUUUGAGGACACAAUGUCUCUCUGCACCAAGUACAAGUUCCCCUCACUCUUCAUCAACCAGUUCUUCCCCAGACCUGGCACUCCUGCCGCCAACAUGACCAGAGUUCCCGGACAAGAAGUGAAGAAACGAACCAAACAAUUGUCAGAUUUCUUCAGAUCUUAUGAACCGUAUGGCCACAAAGUGGGGGAAGUACAAGAAGUUCUCGUCACUGAUAUAUCACAUGACAAGAACUACUUCGUGGCCCACAAUGAAUUCUAUGAACAAGUUUUAGUUCCCAAAGAGGAGAAAUAUAUGGGCAAAAUGGUCACAGUGAAAAUAACCAGUGCGAGUAAGUUCUCUAUGGUCGGACAGCCCAUAGACAAGCCAAAGAUGGCGGGCGUCGUGCAACCCUUGAAGAAAGGAGAAGUUUCAGGCUUAGUUAGUGUCAGGGACAAGAAAAUACCUUUGCCUAUUGUAUUUUUGUUAAUUGCAGUCGUUUUUAGAAUGAUCUGGAUGUUUUUGUAGCAUAUUUAGCUAAUAAAGUAUUUUUAUA